AUGACAUUCACGAUACCCCAAAUCCCCAUCAAUGCAGUCCCAGUUACCAAAAGCCUCCCAAAUCAAGGCAAAGAACGAAAGGUCCCAAGCACAACUCAACUCCUACACCAUAGCCAUGUCACCACAGAAUUUGAUCCCUUGAGAUUUGAAGCUGCGGCAGCAUUGCAACUGGAAUUGCCACUCGAAAGAGAAUACCCAGAUACAGAAACAGACACACGACUCAUUGCAUCGCCUUACAACAGCGUCCCUCAUCUGCUGGACAUUUCCGAGCUUGAACAACAAGACCGGCUAUUCGCACUUGCAUUGGCAUAUCUAAAACCUAUUCGUGAUGACUAUGCUACCGCUGAAUACACGGAAUCAUUCAAUUGGACCGAUGUAUUUGAUUCGUUGAGGACUUUCUCACAGGCCGAGGGCCACACGUGGACAUCGCAGUCGUAUUAUGUUGUUAUUUUCCGGUCUAUAUUGUUGCCAGAUAUCGACUCGGAGCGGCUUUACGAUCUGGAUGCGCAUUCUCACCAGGAGGCUGUUGCCAGUGGGGGGUUGUUGAAGUAUUGGUUUGGGGCGAAGAAUGAUCAGUAUCGGAAUUUGGCUACUUGCAUUUGGCGCAGUCGAAACGAUGCAAGACUUGGUGGGAGAGGGCCUUGGCAUGCGCAAGCUAUGGCGGCUGCUUCAGUGAUGUAUGAGCAGAUUCGGUUCACUACGCUCAGGUUAGAUAUUGAAGAUGGUGUACAGUCUUGGAAGUUGAGUGAUUGGAAAGAAGAUAUGGCAUAA